CAUUAGAUCAUAAAUAAACACUGGAACGUUGUUUCAAGUCGAAAUCUUUAAUCAUAAAGCUGAAUGAGCGAGUCGGUGAAGCUUCAGGUUUUUACCAGGAAUGAAACUGGUCGUCUCAUGUUGAGACGUCGUAAAGUCGUUUACAGGUAGCUAACUUCGAGUCGUGGUGCAGCUAAAUAGCGUGCAGACAAGCAAAGCAAUUCUGGCCACCGUGGACAUUCUCAGUGUUCUGCCAAGCUGUCAGUGUCAGGAUGGCUGUUAAUAAAUCCAAAGUCUCAGCCGGGUUCAUAGUGGUAGGUGUUCUGGCCGUGUUCUUCGGUACCGUUCUCGUUUUUGUGGGGCCAAUAAUAAUCAAUGACCAAGUAGUAAAGAACACCAUUAUAGAUCCAAAGAAUGACCUCUCCUACACCAUGUGGAAGGACAUCCCUGUGCCCUUCUUCAUGUCGGUCUACUUUUUUCAUGUCCUCAAUCCUCAGGAGAUCCUGAAUGGUGAGAAGCCCAUGGUGGAGCAGAGAGGACCUUAUGUGUACAGAAAGCAGUGUCAGAAGAAAAACAUCACAUUUCACCCCAACAGCACAGUGUCCUACAGAGAAUACAGAACAUACUUCUUUGAGCCCUCCAUGUCUGUUGGGAACGAGUCUGAUGUCAUCACCAUUCCCAACAUGUUGGUUCUGGGUGCAUCGGUGAUGCUGGAGGACCUGCCCUACGCUUUGCGACUGUUGAUCAGUGCCACCUUCAAGAGUUUUAAUGAAGGUCCCUUCCUGACCAAGACAGUAAGAGAGCUGAUGUGGGGCUAUGAUAGUAAACUGGUCGAGUUCCUCAACAGAUACCUGCCUGGCAUGCUCCCAUCGUCAGGAAAGUUUGGCCUCUUCGCAGAGUUUAAUAACUCAAACACUGGUCUAUUCACCAUCCACACUGGAAGAGAUGACAUCAGAAAUGUCCACAAAGUCGACUCCUGGAAUGGCCUCACUGAGCUGAGCUACUGGAGGACGCCUCAGUGUAACAUGAUCAAUGGAACAGCUGGGCAGAUGUGGCCUCCUUUCAUGACAAAAGAGAGCACUUUGCCUUUCUACAGCCCAGACGCCUGCAGAUCUUUGGAGCUUGUUUAUCAGCGACCAGGCGAGAUGAACGGCAUCCCUCUAUAUCGAUACGUUGCACCCAAGACCAUGUUUGCUAACGGGACAGAUUACGCUCCAAAUGAAGGCUUCUGCCCCUGCAGGCAGUCUGGCUUGCUCAAUGUCAGCAGCUGCCGCCACAAUUCUCCUGUCUUCAUCUCUCAUCCUCACUUCUUUAAUGCUGAUCCUGUACUGCUGGACUACGUGUUGGGUCUUCACCCCACUGAGGAGGAGCAUGGCCUUUUCAUUGACAUCCACCCACUCACAGGUGUCCCUCUAAAUGUGUCCAUCCGCCUGCAGCUUAACCUCUACAUGAAGAGAGUAUCAGGAAUUACGGAAACUGGAAAGAUUUCUGAGGUGGUGAUGCCCAUGCUGUGGUUUGAGGAGAAAGGGUACAUUGAUGGGCCGAUACUCACUACAUUUCACACAAAUCUGGUUAUUCUGCCUGCUGUCAUGGAGUACAUGCAGUAUAUCUUCAUAGCCCUCGGCCUGGUAACCACUGUAGUGGCCAUCCUGGUGUACUACAAAGUCAAGAGGUCUAGUAGUAGAUCAGCGACUUCCGCAGUCUUUGAGAACUCUUGGGCAACCAGUAAUGGGCAGGGUAGAGGCUCACAUGGCUUUGAAACACAGGAGAAAAGUAUGAGUUAUUCAGAGAAAGACAUGUGAAGAAGGCACCUUACCAAGGGAAAACACAAGCAUUUCAACUGGUGAACAAACCCCUCUGCUAAAGUCAAGAAACACUGACGUACACCCAAAAAAGGACCCAUCUUGUAUUGUGUUCUGAGACAUUGACUCAGCUGGUCAGAAACAGGCAGACAGAGCCAUACUACAUUGUAAAGUUUACAAAACACUCAGCCAAAGAUGAGCGCUCCCUUUUUAGGGGUUUUCUGGAAGAAUGAACUUUCUACAUUAGUAACAGUUUAUGUGCUGUUUUUUUCUCGUUGGCCAUCUCAACUUUUAUAUAAAUAUUUUAUAGUUUUAUCACUUCAUCAGCAACAGCAGUGGAUAGAAACUGUUUUGGACAUGAUUUUUGUUAAGUUUUAGAGAAAUGCUUUGACUACAGGGAACUCAUUUUAUUUUUAGCCACAUUUUUAGUAUUUUAACCACUAAUGUGGCUUUAUCAUGGGGAUUUGUUUAGUACAGUUAAUCUCCAGGUUGUUGCUUUUUGUAUGCAAUGAGGAUUCUGAGGAGAAAUUGGGCUUGUUGUUAACCUGUACCACAGUUUUGCACAGAUGUGACAAGAAGAGGAGAGAAGCUCCUUGUUAUAUACUACUGUCUUCUGUAAGAGUUUGAAUGUAUAUCUUUUGGAUGAUGUGGAUAAUGCUGUUUGCUGUUCAGCACACUUCUAUUAUUAAAAAUUAUAUGAAUGAAGAGGAACAUGCACUGAUGUUUGACAUCGGUUUUGACUGAAGGUCUUAGAGACCUUCACUGUAAACUUUCUUCUCUCAUCUUCAAUGGAUCUUCUACUGUCUUUUCAUUUGUGGAAGGAUUAAAUGUUAAUAAAACGAUCUGAAAAGCA